AUGGAUAGACUUGGACCCAUUCGCGGGAAAUUGAAAUCACGAAACUCUCCAUGCAAACGAAAAUAUCAGCCUUAUACAAGGGCACUAAGAAAAGAAGUGAACAGAGUCUAUGACCAGAUUUAUGCUAUUGUGUAUGGACAUUGUAUUGGUGAUGCUAUUGGACUUCUUACAGAAAAUUUAACUAGAGAAGAAGCUAAAAAGAAGUAUAAAGAAGUACACAACAAGUUAGAAUAUGUCCACAAGAAAAUAUUACCAGAUGUACACAGGAGGAAGUGGGUUAUUGGAGACUGGACAGAAGAAUCCGACCAUAUGUUACUGAUCUUACAGUCCAUUUUAAGUCAAAAUGGAGAGGUUGACCCAUUAGAUUUCUCAAGAAAAUUGAUGGAAUGGAACGAGAAAGGAUUUCCAGAACUAAAUGAUGUGUGUGGUCUAGGAACCUGUCCACAAGUUAAAUCUGUGAUAUCACAUCCACAAUUUUCUGAAGAACCAAAAAAAGCUGCUGAAAUAGUAUGGCGAGAUUCAAGGAAUAUGUAUGCCACAAAUGCUGCUGUAGCCCGUACAUCUGUGAUAGGAUUUCACCAUUAUAAUAAUUUUGGUCAGGUUAUCAAGCAUACCUUAGAUAUAUGUAAUACUACACACUCAGAUCCUAGGUGCCAUGCUUCCUGUGUUGCAGUGACUACUGUUAUGUCAUUAUUACUACAAAGAAAUGAACGGCAUAUAAAGAAAGAUGGGAGCUACAAUUUAACAGGAGUAACAGAGGAAGCUUUCAGAUACGCCUCACGUUUACUCCCAUCAUAUGACCAGGUGAAAGAAUUAAAAAAGUACAUGUUUUGUGAGACAUUGAAAGCUUUAGAGUUAGAUGAGCAAUGCAAGUCCAAUUACACGUAUAAAACUUUAGGUGCUGCUAUGUGGGGACUCAGACAGAAAGAUUUCAGACAGGCUAUACAGGAUAUCGUAAUGGAGGGAGGAGAUGCUGAUGCAAAUGCUGCAGUAGCUGGGGCUCUGUUGGGAUGUAAACUUGGUAUACAGGCCAUUCCUAGGACAUGGAUAGAUCAAUUGGGUAACAGAUUGUGGCUGGAUAAUUUGUUAGACAGGUAUUUUGAUAUAUUGGAAGGAAGACGUACCACAAAAGAGACAACAUUAUGACAUGUUAUACUAUUAGAAUAACUUAAGGGAACCAGGAAGUAUUAAAACUUAGUAUUAUAUAAGAAAAACAUUUAUUUAUAGAUAAGUAAAUUUGAUUGUUGUGUACAGUACAUAGCAUUGAACAUAAAUGCUCAUUCAGAAAUUUUUUGUUAUUUUUUUUAUUAAGGCAAAUAUGGAAAUUACAUGAAUUAAUUUUACAUAAUUGUUUGUUUUUGAAGAUACACAAUUAUUUUUGCAUACAUUAAAUCAUGAUUUUACAGAAUGUGUAUGAGAAUUUUUACCUCUGCUACAAGGUAUUAUAUCAAAAUUGUAUAAGCCAAAAUUUAUGUACUGUUCACAUUGUUU